AUGGCGACGGCCAUGGAAGCGGCCGACCCUAUGUCGUCACUCCAGAGGUCCGUCUCCCAGCACAGCAGCGCCUCAUAUGCGUCACACGCCUCUCACGUAUCCCACACCUCGAAUCGAAGCUCCAGAAGCAACCGAAGCGCAACUGUCAGAGGCCCUCGCGGUCGCAAACGUCCCAGUCAGCCUGUUAGCUCUGCGAGUAGUAUAGCUGCCAGCGACAAGAGUCUCACGAGCUUUCCUAGCUUCUCACCUGAAAGCCCAGGCAAUGAUCCACUCAGCGGACAAGACGAUGCUCCCGACGACACUCCCGUUCCUCCCACUGCGGCCCCGGAUGUUGGGCGCAAAUCGAUAGUUGAUCUGACUGGAGGCUCAGAUGUGCGAAGUGCCUUGUUUGAGGAGGACCAUCCGGUGCGCAAGGUCCCGGGCUCGUUGCAUAACGCCGAUGACGAGCAUCUUCAACGCUUGAUAUCGCGGCACGGCGCCAUUGGACUGAUCAGACAAAUAUCCGAAGACCUCGCUCAACGAGAUGCCCAGAUCGCCAAUAUGCGCCGCCGCGCUGAUGAACGAGAAAGGGCCUUGCGCAAGAUCAUUCGAGAAUGCGGCCUCUCUAACCUGGAUCUUGAAACUCGCCUACGGACUGUGGAGGCUGAGCUACGCGCGGCCAACAAGGGACUCCGGAGAGAGGAUACUGGAUUAAGCGACCUCAUGAGCGAUGCGAUGCAAGACACUGUAGUGGCUACUGCGUACGGCGAGACAGUCGCUAAGAGUUCUACCAUCCGCGCAAGUAGCCAGUCUUUCAGCAACCCCAGCGAGAACGGCAGCGGCAAGGGCACGUUAAAGGGGUGGAAGGAUUAUCUCUGGGGCUCUGGAACCGCAAAACGAGGCAGCCGUACUAACAGUAUGAACGGCGAAGGAGUAAACCCUACAACUGUGAUUCGAUCGCACUCUAGUAUGGACCGACGACCAACGUUGCAGGAGGAUCUCUUCAGUCCACCAGACACGCAAUCUACUCGAAGCCCAAGCCGUGCAUCAAGCAUUCAAUCGGGCGCAACUGGCGAGCGCAAAGCAUCGUCAUCGCUCGCAAGCAUGGCCCUUCGUUUGGUGGCGGGCGGAGCUAUAAGUACACGCGAGGCUGAAUCUCGAGGCCGUGCUACCAGCACUACCUCCAAUAAGGGUGGCUCUCUUCGAGCUGCUUCGACUACAAGCAGCCGCGCGGGUCAGUCUCGAGCAGUGUCGAUUGCUGGCGGUCCCAAGGCGUUGAUGGCGAUGCGUAAAGCGACACCAGGAUCAUCCGCUCAAGGAUCAGGCCGAUCACAGGGACAAGAGGCUUGGGACAGUAUGCGAGGCAGCCCUCCGGAUAACUUAUCAUCUCCACAAGAGAGCUAUGGGCCUGUGGAGAUGGACGCUAUUCGAUCACCAGAGUCACAGCCACCAACAUUAACACAUAUUUAUAACAACUUUCCGAACAGCGAGUAUCUGACGGACCGGUUUGGAUUCAUAUACGAUCAGCGACGCAAGAAACGACAACGCGAGGCGGCGCAGGUGGCUCGACAUAUUCGUAAGGGCAGUCGAACAGAGAUGCUGGCUAACGGUCGAGGUGGCAUUUCACCCAACGCGUUAGAGGACCUUCCCAGCCCUAAGGGAAGUGAGUCGAGCGAGGGACGUCCUGAGAGUCUGAACAGCAUGGAGGAGCGUAACGCGGAAGAGGGCAAAGCUAAGAGAUGGACCGAUUAUCUGAAAAUCGCAACGUUCCCUACGGAACUGCUGAGUCACACUCCAAGCAUCGCGAUACCGUCAAUCGAAGUUAUGGAGGGAGCUCAGACACCCGAGCCAGAGCUAUACCCCACCGAACCUGUCAAGCCAGUAAUCGUUUCAACCAACUCUGGUCUUAUUCCAUCAGCUAGCACAACUACUGCAGUAGACAGCGAGACAUCACGGCCCUCUCAAUCCGAAUCAUCCAUCGCCCUCACAAAGGACGAUACCGAACCUGUCAAGCUUCUUCUACAACAACUGAGCGAUGUCCAUGAUGCCCUUCAGCGCGAAAAGACAGUUCGAUGGAACGAUUUUCUUCGAAAGGUGCGCGCCGAACGCAAGCGAGAGGGUGAGGCCGCUAUUGCUGCUGCCAAAUCCGCUGCUGAUGCUCGCUACGAACAACCUGCCAUGAUCCUUCCUGAAACCCGCGUUGCCGAUGGUGAGAUGAUUGGAGUUUCAGGCCUCGGCGUCAAAGGAAAGGUUGGACGAGCUAAAUGGAACGAAUUCAAAACCCUGGUUUUGGGCGGCAUUCCUGUCACCUAUCGCGCCAAGGUGUGGUCAGAGUGUUCAGGCGCUGCAGCCCUUCGUGUCCCUGGCUAUUAUGAGGACUUGGUCGCUCAGACCGGUGAGGACGAUGAUGCUGUUGUUGUGAGUCAGAUUCAGAUGGACAUCAACAGGACCUUGACGGACAAUAUUUUCUUCCGUAAAGGGCCUGGUGUCAAGAAACUGAACGAAGUCUUGUUGGCGUACUCCAGACGCAAUAAGGACGUGGGAUACUGUCAGGGCAUGAAUUUGAUUGCUGCAAACUUGUUGCUCAUGAUGCCCUCUGCCGAGGACGCAUUUUGGAUUCUUACUUCAAUCAUCGAGAAUAUCCUUCCCCACGGCUACUACGACCACUCACUCAUGGCCUCCCGCGCAGAUCAACAGGUUCUACGACAGUAUGUCUCAGCAAUCCUCCCCAAGCUCUCAGCACAUCUCGAUUCGCUAUCCAUUGAGCUCGAGGCCUUGACGUUCCAGUGGUUCCUCUCCGUCUUCACCGACUGUCUCAGCGCCGAGGCCCUCUUCCGCGUCUGGGACGUCGUCCUCUGCACCAACGACGGCAGCACAUUUCUCUUCCAAGUCGCCCUCGCGCUCCUCAAGCUCAACGAGGGAAACCUGCUACAGUGCAACACACCUGCUGGUGUAUACACAUACAUCAGCCAUCAGAUGACAGAGCACGCCAUCAGCAUCGACGGUCUUCUACAAGCAAGCGAGGGUCUACGAAAAGUUAUUCGCCGAGAAGACGUUGAGCAGCGAAGAGAAAAGGCUAUUCAAGCUGAAAAGGAUAUGAUCAUGGCUCGAGAUGGAGACUCAGCGCGAAGCAGGCCCACAGCCGAGACGGAAAGCGAAACAGCUGCAACUCAAUCAGGAGAAGAGUAA